UCUUAUUACCCUGUCAACCGGACAAGCUUUUUCCUGCCCUGCCCUGCCCUGUCUUGAGUUUUUCAUAUGGCCUCUUCUUCUUCUUCAGGGAGCUUAGACACCUCUGCAAACUCACACCCCCCUCCAAAUUGUACUGCAAGCUUCACUUUCCCCGCCCACGGCCACGGCCACCAUCCCUUCUUCAUGACCACCUCCUCCUUCUCCUCCCUUCUUACCUCCAGCUCCAGAGACGAUAUCAUUGAUCAUCAUCAUCAUCAUCAUCGUGUCGGCGGUAGCAACAACAACAGCAGCAGCAGCAGCAGCUUAUCUGACCGAAUAGCCGAGCGGACAGGUUCAGGCGUCCCCAAGUUCAAGUCGAUCCCUCCCCCCUCCCUUCCCCUCUCUCCUCCCUCCGUGUCCCCUUCUUCCUACUUUGCCAUCCCUCCUGGCCUCAGCCCGGCCGAGCUUCUCGACUCCCCGGUCCUCCUUAGUGCUUCCAACAACAUUAUGCCGUCCCCCACGACUGGAACUAUCCCAGCUCACGCCUUCAACUGGAGCUGGCAGGUUGCUCCUCCUGCUGGAUCAGGAGGGAGCCGGCCUGUCAACAGGGCCGAAGACUUCGACAAGUGCCACCCCUCCUUCUUCGACUUCACCUUUCAAACCGGCCCCAAUAUCGCAGCCGCUGCUGUAACUCAGGGCCAGAAGCAGAGUUGGAAUUUGCCAGAGUCAGCUAAACAGGAUGAUGAUGCGUUACGGAAGGGUUUGGUGAAGCCUGAAUUUGAUUCUUAUACCCCGGAGGAAAUCACUGCCUUACAGACUGGUAACAAUCUGAACAACAUGACCAUUAGCAACGGAACGCAUCAAUCAAUGCAUAGUACUAGUAACCCAUACAACCAGCAGCAGCAGCAGCCUAACCGGAGGUCGGAUGACGGGUAUAACUGGAGGAAAUACGGGCAGAAGCAAGUGAAGGGGAGUGAGAACCCCAGGAGCUAUUACAAGUGCACAUACCCCAACUGCCCGACCAAGAAGAAGGUCGAGAAGUCUCUUGAUGGGCAGAUAACUGAGAUUGUGUACAAGGGAAGCCAUAACCACCCCAAGCCCCAGUCCACUAGUAGGAGAUCCUCAUCCUCAUCCUCUGCUCCACCCACCCAUGCAGUAGCACUAGUCCAAGCUGCUUCUUCUUCUGGUCAUCCUCCAAUCUCUGACUUCCUCGACCAUUCACUCUCUGCGCAAAUGGAAUCGGGGACCCCUGAUAACUCCUCCCUAUCGGUAGGGGAUGAAGAUUUCGAUCAAGGGUCUCAGAAGAGCAAGACUGCAGGGGGGGAUGACUUAGAUGAGGACGAACCCGAUGCCAAAAGAUGGAAAAAGGAGGGGGAAAGUGAGGGGAUUUCCGGAGCUGGGAGCAGGACAGUGAGGGAACCUAGAGUCGUAGUCCAGACCACCAGCGACAUUGAUAUCCUUGAUGAUGGGUACCGCUGGAGGAAGUACGGGCAGAAGGUCGUCAAAGGAAAUCCAAAUCCGAGGAGCUACUACAAAUGCACGCACCCGGGAUGCCCUGUGAGAAAGCACGUGGAGAGGGCAUCUCAUGAUUUAAGGGCGGUGAUCACAACCUACGAGGGAAAGCACAACCACGAUGUCCCUGCAGCCCGUGGAAGCAGCUCCCAUACCGUCAAUCGGACGUCAACUGAGGGCACCAGCAACAAUAGCGGCGGUAACAAUGUAAGUAGCACAGCCGCAAGGACGGCAAUGAUGCCGCAUCCAUCCAAUGGCCCUGUGGCUCCGAACCCGAUUCGUGGAAUGAGGCAAACAACAUCCUCGGAUGGGCAACUGCCCUUUACGCUGGAGAUGUUGCCGGAUGGUCCAGCGGGGUUUGAGUUCUCAGGAUUCGGGAGCUCCAUGGCCAUGGGAGGUUUGAUGAAUCAUCAUGUUCAUCAUCAGCAACAAGGUAUGGAUAACACGUUUUUGAAGGCCAAGGAGGAGGCCAGGGAAGAUCUGUUCUUGGAGUCAUUGCUCUGCUGAAAUGAAACAGAAAGACGAACGACUAACUAAGCUAGCCAAGCCAGAGAUCUCCCCAUAGCUAUAGCUAUAGGCUAGCUAGUAGUCCUCCUAAUAAAUCCUAAAUGCGGGCGGCGGCGGGGGGAAUUUGGGAAAUCGUAUUCCAUUGAUUCCAUUUGUUUCUCUGUAAUCAAUCUGUCCUAUAUCUUUCUUCAUACAGGAUUUCCGGGUCUCUACGUACACCGGAAUAUAGCCUCUCUCUUUUUCUUUUUUUUUCCCUCUAUUAUUUUUGGUUGGGGGAGCCAGGUAUAGCACAGUAAUUAGGAAGGAAUACGACAUAUACAUAUAUAUAUAUACACACACAUAUAUAUAUGGGUUUAUUUUAUUUUUUAGUUGGUUGUUAUGGCCUUCAGCGGCUACAAAAAAUUAAGAUGGGAAGGCAAACCAAAUAAUAUUUGUACGAUGUAACAAUUCAUAUAGGCCAAAAAAAAAAGGAAAAAAAUCAAAUUCAAAAUGUGUUAAA